CCAGAGAAAGGGCAGGGAAAAAGGCAGCAGCCGUUUCUGCUUGCCUGCCUGCCUGUCUCCAGGUCCUCAGUGACCUGAGUGAGAGUCGGAUCACCAGGCACUGAGUGGAGGGGACAGGCCUGGCGGCACCGCCUGCCAGCUACGCCUGGGCCCAGAAAGGGCUGCCACUCCAGCCUGCAGCCCCUGAGCAGCCUUCCCUCCCACGGUGGCUGUAGGCCCUGUGGAAUGGGGCAGGGCCUUCCUCGGGUAGUGGGCACUGCCCAGCGCUUGAGGGGUUUUCUGCUGCAGACAGCCCUGGGUACCCUAGCAACAUCCACCAGAACCACAGUGCUCCGGUGUGAACCCUGCCAGCUGGGCUGCAGAGCAGGUGUGUGUGUGAGAGCGAGAGCCCUGACUGACCAUUCCAAAGACCAUCUGGGAGACCAGUCACCACCAUCUCAUAGCCACGUCCCUCGUGAAUCUCAUUUGCAGCUUCAGCUCCUUCAAAGCUUGUUUUCCGAAAUGAGAGGAAGGGGGAACGACAGUGCUGUGUCUGUGACGUGAGGAAGACAUCUGGGAAAGGGCAAGGGUUUGCUCAAGUUGAACAAAAAGAGCUGGAUGUGAUAGCUACAACCAUUUAUCACUGACGUGCCCCGGGGGACCACGGGGCCACCUUGGCAGGGGCCAGCGAGGCUGCUGAAGCUGCGUGUGACCUGUGCUUGGUCAGUGUGGGCACAGGAGCCAGUGCUCUGGCUCCAGGGCAGGGGAGGCUGAGUCAUUGCAGGACCUUGAAGCCAGAAGUUUAAGGGCAAAUGGUGCCCAUUGUCAUAAGACAAUGACAGGUGGUGGCUACUUCCCCGCAGUGCCAGGCUCCAGGGCAGGACUGAAGGUUGCGGGGACAGGAGAGGGCUUUGUAAACCCUGGAGGGGAGCACAGGGCUGUCCUUGCUUCGGGGUGCUUAAAAGGGGGACCACACAAGGCUUUCCCGGCUUGUUUCUGGUGCUCAGGCAGCUUGCGAAGGCUACAGCUGCCCACUUUGGGCCCUUCCACUAGGCCUCACCGGGGCAAAGGCUCUAACCUGGACACCAUCCGGGGACCCCAGCCCACUUUUGGGGGGUGACCUCUAGCUCUUCCAAAGGUUUGGGAGAUACCGGGGGUCAACAAAGCUCAAGAACUCUACCUGGGGAAAACCAUGGGGGGUUCCCCUGGAGUGAUGGCAAGUCGUCGGCUGGAACUGGGGCGAGGAAAUCGCAGGCAAGACGUAAGGUCCCUGGCCUGAAAAUCUGGAUUCCUGGCUCAAACCCUGAACCGCACACUGCCACACUGCGACGCUGGGCUUCAGGCGAGGCCCUCACCUGCGCUAGGUGGGGUCGAGCCGCCGCCUUUCGCGCCUGUCAGUCAGAGCCUGGAGUCCCGCCCAGAGUGCGCAGGGGCUCGCUUCCCCGCCCGGGCUCAAGGGACAGGGUCGGCGCGUCUCUCCCGCUGUCAACGCCGCCGGCUAGGGAGGGGACGCGGCCGCUUUAAGGCACUCUGACCCCACGCGUCUCGGGCGGGGCGGGGACAGCAGGCGCCACCGGGAGGCUCCGCGAGGGAGGUAGAGCGUUCGGGUCCGGCCCACCAUGCUGACCGCGCUCGGCCCGCCAGCCGCGCCCGGGCUCCCACGGCGCGGCUCGGGUUUCCCGCGAGGCCCGGGCUCCGGCCCGCCACCCCAGCCCCAGCUGCGCGUGCUGCCGUCGGGGGAAAUGGAAGUCAUCUUCGGCGCCGGCGCCCUGUUCAGCCGCUCGGACGCGGAGGACCGUGAGGUGCGGCAGCUCACGGCGCAGCCGUUCAGCCCCUCGUCAACGCGGACAGCGUCUCAGGUCCCCGCCCCGCCGCGGCCCCUCGCCCCCGACGGCGGCUCCCGCUGGGCCACCUACCUGGAGCUGCGUCCCAGCGGGCCGAGCCCCGCCGCCUGCGCUCAGUUCGAGUGCGUGGAGGUGGCGCUGGAGGAGCGCGCCGAGCCGGCCAGGCCCCGCACGGUGCCCAAGCGUCAGAUCGAGCUGCGCCCCAAGCCCCCGAGCCCCCCGCGGGAGGCCUGCGCGCCGCGCCCCCGGCUGCUCCUGCGCACCGGCUCCCUGGACGAGUCGCUGAGCCGCCUGCAGGUUGCGGCGGGCCUUGUGCAGACAGCGCUGGCCAGAAAACUGGGUCCCGCGACCCCGGCUCCGAGUAGCGUCGCCGUUAGGCCCACGGAGCGGCCAGAGCCUAAGACUGGAGAAACAGCCCGCAGCACCCGGUCUUGGCCAGCCCGCGCGCAAGAGGGUUCCGGCCCCGCCAGAGCCCCGCGGCCUUGGCCCAGCCUGCGUGAGCGCGCUAUUCGGCGCGACAAGCCCGCGCCUGGGACCGAGCCUCUGGGUCCCGUCAGCUCCAGCAUCUUCCUGCAGUCAGAGGAGAAGAUCCAGGAGGCGCGCAACCAGCGGCCCAAGACUCGGUUCCCGCAGGAGACUCCGGGUCGAACGGUCCCGAGGGAACCGAGCCCGUCUUUGGAGUCCAGAGUCCCCUGGGAGGUUCGGAGCAGUGCUGAGAGGCCUAAGAGCCCAUCUCCGCCGGGCCGGGCUCCAAAUGGGCCCGUGCGGGACCCUCGCGGCCCGUGCCCUCAGAGCCUGUCCCCGUGGAGUCAGGCUGCGUGGAGGGUGAGCAGCCCGCCGUUCCGCGAGGCACCGUCCGCGUGGGGAAGUCGGGCCCCCGCCGUGCCGGAAGGUGCCGGCGGGAGGAGCCCCUCCCCACCGACGCCCUCCCAGUGGAAUCGGGGAGGUGCGAGGGCGAGGAGCCCGUCCCCCGAGGUGCCUUCCCCGUGGGAGGUCCCGCCUCCGGCGGCCCGACGCCAGAGCCCGUCCCAACCAAACUUGUGUCCAGGGGACGCGCCCGACAGACCUAUUGGAACACGGAGCCCAUCGCCCCAGGAGACCUGGGGACCCAGUGCUCAGGGCUCCCCGAUAGCAUUUGGGCUAGAGGCUAUGAAUGGAGUAGCUCAGGAGUUGACGCCGCCUACACCUGGGACCCCACAACUAACAGGGGUGCAGAGCCCGCCCACGCCGGAAAUUCCAGACCCUGCCUCCCGCGGCGGUCAGCCCUCGCCGGAGGGAGGUGAGCCGGAGCCGCCCUGCGCCCACCUCGUGGGCACCCCGGACGCCGACACGCGCCCAGGAGACUUGGGCUCCGGAGAAGGGGCCUCUGAACGCCCGCGCGCGGCCAUUCCGCGACCGCGAGAUGUGCGCAAGAUGGUGAAGACCACUUACGCGCCCAGCUUCCCCGCGGGAGGCCCCGGUCCAGCCCGGCCCGCUCCUCCCGCGCAGGCCUGCGUGGAGGGCGGCCUCUCGCAGACGCCAGCGCUGCAGGCGCUGAGGUCCCCCGCGCCGGCCCACUACACCUCCGUUCUACUCAAAGACUUUUUGCCAGUCGUGCCGCACCCCUACGAGUCCCCGGAGCCAUCCCUCGACACAGCUCCCCGGGACGCCUCGCAGCCCAACGGGGUCCUGCGGCGAAGGGCAGAAAACAGCACGGCGAAACCGUUUGCGCGCACUGAGAUUCGCCUGCCGGGUGUCCUGGCCUGGGGCGGGCGGCCGGAGAGAACCCCGGGGGCCCCAGCGCGCAGUGUCCGCCGAGAGCGCGAGGACGUGGAGGCUUCGCGCCUCGGCCUGGACGGCGAGGGUCGGACCAGCCCCCCGGGCGGCGCUCGCUCCUCGCCUCCACGGGCCCCUAGAGCGCCGCCGGGGCCCCGGCCACCCCGCACAGGCUCUCCGCAGGCGCGCCCCGACUCCAGCCCUGGGAAGGCGCCCACCCUGGAGACGCCUGCGAUGGCCCCCGAGCCCGCAGCCGCGCUCCAGGCGCCCCUCCCGCCCCAGCCGCGCGCUGCCUCGGCGCCUCCCACGGACCGGUGCAGGCCCGGCUCCUCCCAGGGGACGCGGAGGCCGCCAGGGGCCUCGCAGCCGGGGAAGGUUCUGGUGGACCCAGAGAGCGGCCGUUACUACUUUGUGGAGGCGCCGCGACAGCCGAGGCUCCGGUUGCUCUUCGAUCCUGAGAGCGGGCAGUACGUCGAGGUGCUGCUGCCCCCCGCGUCCCCGGGGCUGCCCCGCCGCGUCUACACCCCGCUGGCCGUGGGGCCUGGCCUCUACCCGCCCGCGUAUGGGCCCAUGCCCGGCCUCGCACUGCCGUCAUCCCCGGGCCCGCCGGCCCUCAGCAGCGCCCAGCUGCCCUGGGUCUCUGAGGCAGGACCCCUGGAAGGGCUGUACUACCUGCCUGUGAGCGGGACCCCCAGCCCCGCCCCGCCCCUGCUUUUCUGUGCCCCGCCCUCCAGCGCAGGCCCCCCCCAGCCUGGCAAGGGUUCAGUGGUCCCCUUGUGAGGCCCCAGGCAGGGCCUGAUCCCGAGGCUGGGGCUCUUAGAUGGCCUUGGAGGUUCUGACUCCCAGUCCCCUGCGCUCUCUCCUCUCAUCGCCUCUUUGGUCCUCCCCAGCUAGUCGUGAGACCCGAGAGCGGAAGUGACCUUGGGUGUAUCAGAGGCUGAUGGAGGUGGAGCUCAGAAAGCGGCUGCCUACUUCCUACCCCCAAAUGUAUCCCUUUCCCAGGCAUUCCCAGGUUUAGUGUGUUUGUGUAUGUGUGUAUGCAGGCAAGCAAAGACGAAGAAGUGAGGAGCCAGCCCUAGGAGGUUGAAGUUCCCCCAGGGAGCGGCAGAAACGGGAAGCGGGAUGGGCUGCCCCAGAGGGGGCAGGCUGUCUGCCCCGCUCCAAGUGGGAUCAGAUGAUGAGCAGACCAGCGGGCACUUUUGAGAUCGGGGGCCCUGUGAAAUCCAUUGUUUGGCAGAGGAGCUGAGCUCCGGCCUGGGGGUCCAGUGGCUGGUGCAGCCUCCAGGCCAGGUUGGGUCUAAGCAAGGGAGCUGCGGAGGGGCAGGUGGAAGUGAAGUGAGUAACACAGGAGGGGGCUGAGAGGCUGCGCCUGGGAGUGAGGGUGCUGGGGUCUGCAGGGGCGCCUAGCUCCCCUUCCUCCCCCAGUCGGGUCUGGCACUGGCUUUUCCUGGGAGCCCUCAGGGCUGAGCUGGCUCAUCUGAGGGAGGGGGGCUUCAGCCACUCCCACCAGUAGUGGGCAGGUGAAAGGAAUCACCAGGGAGGUCUUCAAAGAGGAAGGGAGGAAGGAAGUUUGGGCUGCUGUUUCAGGGAGCCUCUUGGCCCCUCUGGGUGGCAGAGGGGUGGUCUGGGCUGGCAGUAGGAGGGGUGAGGCAUGGCAGAACUGAUGGGUCGGAAGCUUUCAGCUGGCUUCGCUCCCUUAGGAAUAGAUACGGCAUCAAUGCCCAGAGAGGGGCUGGCCCUGCAGACGCCCCAGCACAGGCAGGGACGGGACCAAACCUGUGCUCCUGAGCUUCCGGGGCUUCUGAGGAGGGCUGGGAGCUGAGGGAAGUCUGCAUGAGGUGGAAGGUUCGGACUCUGGUUCUGAGCCGGGAAUGGCAGGGCCUCGCAGGGCCAGGAUGUGAGGUGAUGCAUUUGGGAAGGGAGUUUCCCUUAGCAGCAGCAUCAGGAAUGGGAUCAAUGCCUUCCUUGGGCCUGGGUCCCAUGGCGUCCGUGUCCCCUGAACUGAAAGCUGAUGAGGAGAACUAUGAGUCAGAAUAAGUUGGAUGUCUCUUGGCCAGAGACACUAGUCCCUUGGCACAGAGGGUCCUGGGGCCACCCUCGCCGCAUCCUGGUACGCAAUAAAUGGCUGACCAUGAGCCAUGGUGGCUGAAAUGAUAA